GGUCUCCUGAAUAUGUUCUUUUCGGACUGGGCCACCAAGGACAUCCGGAGGCACCUGCCUUUCCUGUAUAACUGCAUCAGCCAGGCCUUCUACUCCUAUCCACCCGCCAUGAAACGUUUCCGCAGUAAAGUUCGUGUGGUUCACUUCAUUGGCCCCGUAAAGCCCUGGCACCAGAACAUCAAUCCUGCGACCGGCACCAUCAUCGCACAGGACCAGAUCAGCCAACAGUCUAUCGAUUUCCUAAACUUCUGGUGGCAGAUCUUCACGACGGAUGUGAAACCAAAGCUCAAUCCAGAUCUUGGCGGUCCUGUGGGGCAUUUGGCUGGAUUACACUUCGCGUCAGGACCGGUCACGCAGCCACCGAAGUUGCCUGAGGUUGCCUUGGACCGACAGGGCUCAUGGGAGCGUGGGGAGAUUGACUAUACUGGUGCGGAUCGCUUCAGUAACAUUAAAGCCGCCCUGGACAAGCAGCUUGCGAAGUGA